UCCGUUCGAAACGAACCAACCAACCAAUCGACGACGACGAGGUGCCAUGGCUCUCGCUGCUCCCGCGGCAUGCGCGUGCCGCGUGGCGCCGCCUCCUGUCUCCGGGCGCUGGCGCUCGCCGUCGGCGUCGGGCUAUUAUUUUACUGGGGCGGCGCGGUGGUGGCCGGGGGUGCGGAGGGGCAGGCGGAAGAGGUGGGCGGGGCUGAGGGCGAGGUGCGCCGAGCAGUCCGUCGUGAAGCCCGCCGCCGGGGAGGGGUUGGCCGGGGAGGACCCGCCGCGGCCGCCGUUCGAUCUCAACCUCGCCGUCGUGCUCGCCGGGUUCGCGUUCGAGGCCUACACCAGCCCACCCGAAGAUGUGGGCUGGCGCGAGAUUGAUGCGGCUGAAUGCCAGACAGUGUUCCUAUCUGAUUCAUUUCUCCGUGAAGUAUAUGAUGGCCAAUUGGUUGUGAGGCUGAAGAAAGGUGUAAAUCUUCCCGUGAUGGAUCCUUGGGGCACAAGUGAUCCUUACGUAGUUCUACAACUGAAUGGCCAAACUGCAAAAAGCAAAAUUAAAUGGGCGAUGAAGGAACCAACAUGGAAUGAAGAAUUCACAUUUAACAUUAGUUUAUCUCGAGAAAAUCUACUACAGGUUGCUGCUUGGGAUGCAAACCUUGUUACCCCACACAAACGCAUGGGAAAUGCUGGAUUAUACCUUGAAUCACUUUGCGAUGGAAAUAAUCAUGUCAUAACUGUUGAAUUAGAAGGCCUAGGUGGUGGUGGGACUAUUGAUUUGGAGGUCAGGUACAAGAGUUAUGAUGACAUUGAGCGUGAAAAACAAUGGUGGAGGAUACCGUUUGUGUCUGAUUUUCUUGUGAAGAGCAGCCUAGGAUCUGCUCUUAGAACUGUCCUUGGAUCUGAAAGUAUAAAUGCAAGUCAGUUUGUGCAAUCUGCAUUUGGGCAACUAAGUUCUUUCACUUACACAUAUCUUCCAAAGCCACCAUCUUUGGAUAGUGGACCUGAGGCCUCUAGAAGGGCUGAAGAAUCUGUAGAUAACUCAGUUGGAUCAAAUGAACUUGAAGAACAGAAGAUGGGUUCAAAAGCUUCUGGAGAUAGUUCAGAUUCUUGCAGUGAAGCUGAAUCUGCUGCUACAGUUGUGAACAACGAAGGAAGCGACCCACAAAAUAUGAAGGAAUCAGAUGAAUACUUCUGGAACGCUUUCACCAGUGUUCUCAACCAAAAUGUUCUCCAAAAUUUUGGAUUUUCUCUUCCUGAGGUUAAGCAAUUGGAUGGCUUUGACCUAUUAGGUUCACUUGGUUUAAAAUCAAGCGAAAUCGCUCAAAAGGAAUACUUAGAAUCUGGAUUAGCAACAGGAGAUACAUCAACCAGUGAAGGGAACGAAACAACUCCUAAAGAUGCAAUCGAUGUUGACAAUGAAGAUGGCACUCUUCCAAUUAAAGAGAACUUGCCUAAAGAGAAGGUUCAGGACUCCUUUCCAGACAUUAAUAAAGUUUCUUGGGACGUAUUGUCUCAAACAGAGAAUAUACUAGGAGCUUUGAUGAUUCUUUCUAGAAGCUUAUCAUCACAAGAUAUGGAGUUAGCUGUGGGGGAUGAUGUAAGUAGUAAAGAUGAUUCAGUCAAAGAACAAGAUGCUUAUGAUUCCACGGGUAAGGAUGAUGCUGCUGCAUCUACCAAAGUGUCUGUUGAUGCACAGAAAGCUGAGGAUAUGCGGCGACUAUUUGAGAGUGCAGAAACUGCCAUGGAGGCAUGGGCCAUGCUUGCCACUUCACUGGGGCGUAACAGUUUUAUAAAGUCAGACUUUGAGAAGAUAUGUUUUCUCGACAAUCUUUCAACAGAUACCCAGGUUGCCAUUUGGCGCGAUUCUUCACGAAGAAGGCUGGUUGUUGCCUUUCGAGGAACAGAACAAUCAAGAUGGAAGGAUUUGCGAACUGACCUAAUGCUAGUGCCUGCUGGACUAAAUCCUGAGAGGUUGGGUGGUGACUUCAAACAAGAAAUUCAAGUUCAUAGUGGAUUCUUAAGUGCAUAUGAUUCUGUAAGGAAUAGAAUCACUGCUCUUGUUAAAUAUGCCAUUGGAUACCUGGAUGAAGAACGCAGGGAUGAAGAAGAUGCAGAAAACAUACCUAAGUGGCAUAUAUAUGUGACUGGACAUAGUUUAGGUGGAGCACUAGCAACCCUUCUCGCUCUUGAACUUUCAUCAAGUCAAAUGGCCAAGAGUGGGGUCAUAUUCGUGACAAUGUACAACUUUGGCUCUCCUAGAGUCGGAAAUAGAAGGUUUGCUGAAGUCUACAAUGCGAAAGUGAAAGACAGCUGGAGAGUUGUCAAUCACCGUGAUAUCAUUCCUACAGUACCACGUCUUAUGGGUUAUUGCCAUGUGGAAGCACCGGUUUAUCUUAAAUUUGGAGAUCUAAAAGAUGCACUGGUAAAUGAGGAAAUUUUGGAUGAUGAAGGUGAUUCCAUAGGGGAGUACACCCCUGAUGUUCUUGUCAGUGAAUUUAUGAAAGGAGAAAAGCAACUUGUGGAAAAGCUACUUCAGACGGAAAUAAAUUUACUCCGGUCAAUCAGGGAUGGUUCGGCUCUUAUGCAGCACAUGGAAGACUUUUACUACGUCACACUUCUAGAGACGGUGAGAUCAAAGUACCAAACGGUCGAUAAUGCAAAUGAAGAGUACCGUCAGUUAAAUGCCUGAUCUUAGUAAAACUUUGUCCUUGAACCUCCCCAACCUGGGUUAUAAGUACUGCACUUGGAAUUUGGAAAGGGUCACAUGAAGCUUCCGUUGGCAGGUAGAUAUCAUGCAACGAAAGGAGAUCUUAUCCAGAAGAUGAUCAAAUUGGCUUGUCAUGGCACCCCUGCUGAAUCUAUGGCAUUUUAUUUCUCCUCUGGUGGUAGAAAGGAACAAGUAUAGGGGUUAUGGAUUUAUGGUCGAACUCGGAAGAAGCAUUACCCUUGGUAGUCAGAAGUUGUAUAAUAGAACUUCAAUUGAUCAGGACAGCUAUCAGAGGAUCCUCGCAUGCACAAAUUGCAAAUGGACUUGAAUGCACAUACCUGCACUGACCAAGCGUAAGUGGUGUAAUGGUCAUGCGUGCACCCUUCCGAACUGCGAUUUGUGUGCCAUUCGCGGGUUAUUUCUAUGUGAUAGGUUUGUGUAAUCAAACGUAAAGCCAUGGAAUAACGUCCUUCUAUUCUCUAAGUGCUUUGAACUGCAAGUUAAUAGAAGCUCAAGGAUCUUCUAGUGUAGGGAAACUUGCAAUGUUGGACGGCUGCAUCGGCAAGUAUGAAUUUCCAAGAAGCUAAGAAUAUACAGCUUGCACAUGUUCAUGAAGAUAUCACUAAGGUUAGGCCGUUCUAGUAAACGUGUCAACAAAUAUGUGGAGGUAUAUCCAGCCCCAGUUUGGGUUCUGGGAAAUUCUCAGAAGCCAUGGCGAGUAUACAGCUGCUGAGAAUCUGGAUAGCCCCGGUUUCCAUCUAUUAGUACUAGGUUAUUUCUUGAUUUAUAUAUACAGAUACUUUGGGAGGUGAGCUGAAGAUCAUAGGCGUAAAGCUCUCCUAAACAGAACCCAAGAGAUAAGAAAACAGAGGAAUCUCUGUGGCCACUAAAAAUGCAUGAUUCUAUUGAGCCGAUCAAGAUUUGUUCAGUCUGUUGUUUAUGUCGCCACGAC